AGCUCCAUUAUUUUCGCGGAUCCGUAUCGUUGAUCAGGGACAAGAAAUUUCACGCCUGACGCGUUAAAAUUCACUAGCCCGUUUAACUGGAGACGUGCUGAACAUGCUCGUCGCUAAUGGCUCUUAUUUUGGGGGGUUUGACGUUCCGGAAUUUGGGAAUUUAAGGACUUGAUUUGGAGAUUUGGAGAUCACAAAAUUUGGGGUUUGGGGAUUUUUUAAGUUUAGGAAUUGGGGUUCUGGGAACUUUGGGGUGUGGAGAUCUGGGGAUGUAGGAAAUUGAGGACGUGAGAAUUUGAAGAUUUUUAAAUUUGGGGAUUUGAGGGUUGGGUCAUUAGAUCAGAUUAAAUCAAGUUCAUAUUGAAGUAAGUUCGUUUGAACCCAUCACGACUUGGCCGCCCAUUUCGUUUUCAUUUCAUCAGCGCUUUUGAGAUUUCUCAAAAUCAUUCCUCUCUUAAUUCAUCACAGUUUACUAAAGAACGUAACCUUCUCAAAAAUUCCCAAUUUCACUAAACUUCCGUAUCCACAACCGAAUCCACGUACAACUCGCUCGAACCCAUCACUACUUCUCCGCGCAUUUCGUUUUCAUUUCAUCAGCGCUUUCGAGAUUUCUCGAAAUCAUUCGUCUCUUAACCAGAAUUCGUUAAAAUCGUGCAACCGAGGGAAACAGAUCUUAACAUCACGGAACGUUUCCUCUUUCUUUUUACCUACAAGAGUUCAAUCUUUUUCACCGUUGGAUGUCGCUGGGAGGCCCCCUCCGCCCCCUCUCUCUCUAUCCCCCGUGUCACGCUUUAAUUUCCAGCCUCGACAUUUGCGUAACCCAGUUUCGCCAUUGUUCGAUUCAAUGGUAGAUCGUAACGUCCGUCAUCCGGAUAGAUUAUAAUGCUCGCGUGUGUGUAUGCAUGUCGACGCGUGUGCGCUCGCGUGUGUAUGGCACUGCGCAUCGUUGCGUCAAGAGUGUACGUUGUGAACCGACGCGACGAAAGUGUACACACACGCGAGCAACACGCGAGCGUAUUAGUAUGCCGCGCGGCGAUAAAGCGACCGACGUCCAUGGAGAGUUCGCGUAACGAAAUUUACGAAUUCCACCAACUUUCUCCUCUUGUUCUUAUCUUAUCUCCGGCUCGCGAGGCGAGUUGCACUAGUUCUUAUUGCAUCGUUACCUCCUUACCGUUCUCUUUAUCAAACGCUAGCACGCUCCGAUUCGAUCUUGCACACGGGACAACCUAUGCCUUGCUAAUCUUUAUGCGGAGAAGCACGAAAACGAUGCGGAGUUAUUACUCGCGAAUUUUGCGCGAUACACGCCGUACUUCGUUAUGGCAUAAACGGUGUCCUACAAUUGAAGUUACAAUGUAGUCGUUUCGUGUUCUUACGUUUCUGUGCAUCGGCGCGGGUGCAUUGCGCGCGAUUAAAAUGGAGGUCUAUGAUAUUCUACGUCGAAUGUGAUGUGGUUUAUCUUGUUUUGAGUUAUGGGGAAUUAACUUCUUGAGACGGAGUAUUGUACAAUCUUGUUUGUCAUGGUUUAAACUUAAACUAUAAAUACCAAAAGAGCUAUUAAGAUUCUAGUGACACGUAUAUCGCCUCCCAACGAGCCCCUCACGAAAUCCGUGCUGCUCUCUCUACGCGAUUCCGCAGUUUUAUCAACGAGCGACAAGGCAGAGUUUACCGACGCGUCGAAAUGCGUCGAUUCUGAUCAACCACCGGAGAGAGUGCAGCACCGUACAAAACGAACGAGAGGUACACGUUGACCGGUAAAACCGGCGAAGUCAAGUUUCCCCCCACCCUGGUGGCAGACAAGUGGGCCAGAGUUUUCUGCAUGUAGCGGCACGGGGCCUUGUCCCCCACCGUACACGAACGGCACGAGACCCCGCCCGGCAAGUCUUCAAGGUCCAAAUAGAAGAAGAAACACGAACGUAAGCGUAAGCGUGGACGUAAUGCAGCCGGUCGGUCAGCGAUUGACCCUGAACUUGAGCCGUGGCUGCUAACAGCAGCAACAACAACGCAGACGCACCACCGGCCAUUUCCUUAUUCAGUGAUUUUCUUGACGAUGUAUACUGACGGUCUCCUGACACUCCAUUAUGGGAAGCAUCCAGCGACCUUGGCCGCAGAGGUCGGAGCCUGGUACACCGGGGACCGUCACGUGGACGUGACGUUAGCUUGCGACGAUGGAUCCGUCGUGAAAGCUCACCGUGUUGUUUUGGCCGCAGCUAGUCCCCUUUUGGCUAGUCUUCUUCGAAAUCCUGCGCUGGACCAUGUGGUCCAUUUGUCGGGGGUCCGAAAAACCCAGCUGACCCAUCUGCUGGAAUUUCUUUACAAUGGGGAAGCUCUUAUACCCUCGACGGAACUGACGCCAUUGAGGGAGCUGUUCGAGCUUCUUCAAAUCAAGUCGGAGCUGUUCGAGCCCAACCAACCUCAGACCUCCAGCAACUCCGAUCCUGAAAGAGUGCCCACCCCUCAGCCUUCGGAGGGCCAGGAAAGUUCCAGCUACGAGUCGCAGUAUGACGGCAGGCAAUCCAAUAACCCCGCAGACUGCUGUUCGGUGCUCAUAAAGACCGAGGGCUGCGAGGAGGAACCGGAAGUGGACGUCGAAGGCGUCGAGGGCGAAGCUCUCCUCACGGAGAACAGAGAAAGCAGUAUAGAACCGCCUCGACGGAGGGAUAGCUCUGAUCCUGUCAACCUUAGUUUGAACUCUGGAACUUCGACUACCAGCGAAAGUUCGCACGAUAUCGUGCCUAGGCCAGAAAAGCAAUUGCUGGAGAGGCGAGAAUCUCUGGAAGAGGCGGAGGAGAGGAGAAGACAGUUAGCGGCUCGACUAGCGUUAGGCUUAGAACCAGGAAAACGGAAACCUGAAGAAAUACCUAUCCCACCUGCGGAAGCGUACGUUGUGACGCCCCAUCGAAAACGAAGGCCAGGAUUCCACAAUGCGCCAGCACAGAAUCCAGCCUUCGUACCGUUUAAUCCUGGUUUCGAGACGCCGAGGCGAUUGCAGGCGCCACAUCCUCUCAGCGUCUCCGCGCCUCCGUACCUGCAGGACAGGUCAGUGACGCCUCCAGGAGCGUCGCACAGGCCUCCAAGCGCGGACCCAGCAUCGGCAGCGGGUUUGGAGCCACCGUGGGGUUCUUGGGCGUUGCCCCCAGCGAGGGCACCUCCGCCGCCACCCACAGACGACCCACCCAAGUCCACUCCCGUCCGCGAAUAUCGGUGCAGCUAUUGUGGCAAACAGUUCGGAAUGUCAUGGAACUUGAAGACGCAUUUGAGAGUGCACACCGGUGAAAAACCGUUCGCGUGUAGACUCUGUGUCGCCAUGUUCAAGCAAAAGGCCCACCUGCUGAAGCAUCUUUGCUCGGUACACAGAGGAGUGAUAGCCGCCCCGGACAAUACGUUUACUUGUUGCUUCUGUUCGUUAAGUUUCGAUAGUUUACAAGAGCUGAUCAGGCACCUGUCGGGUCCGCACAAUAAUCUGCUGCUCAGCAAGAACCUGCACGACUAGCGACAAGGUUAAGGCCGACCGGUGCUGAAGCGUGACCUCGGCAUCAUCUCGAAACGAUUGUUCCUUCGAUCGUGUUCAGAUUCGAGAAGUACGACUACCUUCCAAAUCGUAAUUGCAAUUAUCGACGUUUGAAUUUGGACCUUCAGUGUCUCGUACGAAUCUGGACGCCGAUCUCGAGAUGACAAGGUCACUGCGUGCCUCCAAUGAAGAAACGUCCCCAAUCGUUUUCAGAACCUCAAAAGUAUUUUUGUAACAGCUCGAAAACGUCUGGUGACAAUGUUCGAACGUGCACGAACGCGUGUUAGGUGGUUUUUUAAACGAAUUUACAUGAAGCACGCUAAUUUCUAGGCAAAGUACGAAGCGUUGAAGAACAUCGGUUUCUUCGGGAAACGGCAUGAACAGCACCGGGAGAGCCUUGUUUUAUAUAAAAUCGUCACUGUUGUGACUAUCUAGUUCGAAAAAUGUAUGAAGACCAAGCAACAGUCUAAUAUUAUAAGCGAUGACCAGUAACUAUGACCAAAUAACGUAUCCCCGACGAUCGGGUAUGUUGUGCCGGUCUCCAUUACGAAGCGUUAAGAAAGUCGAAACGAGAAUGGGUGAGAGUCAAUUAUCGUCGAAUUUUUAGCGGAACGAACUCUCGUUACGUCUUUACUUACUUGAAGAAGGAAGACGAAGAAGCUUUCGAACGCUUUUUUCGUUCGCGUCAGGUGACAGCCAGCGAAGACGUCUCUCGUUUACCUCAGCGCGCGCAAGCAAUCUCACGUGUAAAUAACGUUAACGUUUUUAGUAGUAGAAACAAGCGGACGGAUAAGAAUUUAUUUAUUUUACACUUCUUUUUUUUUGCAAAAGGGACCAACCGAUUUUCCACCGAUUUCUGUCUUAGGUAGAUGUUUAGGUGUCCUGCCCGUCAAUCGCCUCGAACAAAUUCACUCUCGAAAUUAGCUUAUGGAAGGUCUUGAGAAAAGACGUUGGCGUUAUCAUUCGUGGACUCCCGCUAUAUUGCCGCCGAUUGGAUUGUAUCGGAAAAUUCUUGCAAUAUAUUUGGUGAUAUGUAGAUUCCUAUGGUGACGCAAGCCAUGAAGGCGAUAUAACGAGAGUCUACUGUACCCCUUUCGGUUAGGAUCGGACCUUCACGAAUUUUUAAAAUUUCAAAUUAAACACCCAAGAAUAUUAAAAUUCUCAAAUUCAGAAUUUUACAAAUUUAACUUUUUAAAUUUACAAAAUCAUAAGUUUAUAAAUUAAGUCUUGUGAGCUCACAGUCGCACGAAAGGUCUGAUCCUACGUGAAAUAUAGUCCUCGCGACGAUAUAGCGCAGUCGUAAAUUAAACUCUUGAAACUCCCAGGACCGUAUGCGUUCUACUUCAGGGUCUCUACGCUGUACAGAACUUUUCGCGAUACGAUCCUGGCCGAGGUUUCGUAAACUUUCCCUAGACGGCGCUGUACCUCGAAGAGUUUGCGACCUCGCUGUAUCGUGACGCGGAUUCCCUUACCCAAUCGAAGAGGAACAUUAUCGGCGGGACACAAUUGUGGAAGAAGCGACAA